AUGGAAUUCUUCAAGUCCGCGGUCGCAUCGGCCAUCGCCAAAGGAUCGGCAUUUCCUUAUUCAUUUGGCGACCGCGUCGAUCUCGAUCCAUCAAUAUGGACCUUAUACAACGGAACUCGUCGAGAAGACGGUUCCGACUGCAGCAUCUUCUCCUUCGACAUCACCGCAAAUAAGGCACGUCUGCCAUUGGCGCGCAAUGCGCUCAAGAAGCUUCGAACCCUGCGACAUCCCGGCGUGAUCAAGGUGCUGGACACUUCCGAAACAGACACAUACAUAUACAUUGCAACCGAACGCAUUGUUCCGCUCAGAUGGCACCUGAAGCGAAAGAGCGUGAGCCCGGAAACGCUGAAAUGGGGGUUGUUCAACAUCGCGAGAACCAUAAAAUUCAUCAAUGAUGAGGCAUCGUCAGUUCACGGCAGUCUGAAAGUCUCGUCUGUCUUCACAUCCGAAAGCGGCGAGUGGAAGCUCGGUGGCUUUGAGGUGUUGAGCAAUGUCAAAGAUGACGAGGCCGUUAUCUAUAAUCUAGGGAGCUUGGUGCCUGACGCAGGCAGAUAUACACCCCCGGAGCUUGUGAGGAAUGGGUGGGAGGCGAUUAAGCGCUGCAACCACUCGGCCGUGGACUCUUUCAACUUCGGCAUCUUGCUAUACGAAGCUUUCAACAACGGCGAUUACACUGGGACCGACCAGGCUGGCCAAACCAAGGGCAUCCCACCCACGAUGCAGACCGGCUACAAGAGGCUCGUGAACGCCAAUCCCAAAGCGCGAAUAACUGUUGGCAACUUCCUCGAAUUAGGACAGCGAAGCGGUGCCUUUUUCGAUUCGCCUCUAAUCAAGUUGACGGAUGGAAUUGAAAACCUCGGGGUCAAGUCCGAAACAGAGCGGGAACAGUUCUUGGAUGACCUCAGCGAUCUGACGGAUGACUUCCCGGAAGACUUUUUUAAGAUGAAAGUGCUUCCCGAACUCCUGAAAUCGGUCGAGUUUGGUGGCGCCGGCCCCAAAGCUUUCUCCAUUGUCAUGAAGAUCGGCACAAAGCUCUCGAAUGAGGACUUUGAUACAAAGAUCACCCCGGUGGUCAUCCGACUGUUCGGAAACCCUGACCGGGCCAUUCGUGUGUGCCUGCUUGAUAGCCUUCCGCUCAUGAUAGACCGGCUUUCGCAGCGGACUGUGAACGACAAAAUAUUUCCGCAAGUUGUGAGCGGCUUCACAGAUCUGGCGCCUGUCGUGCGUGAACAGACACUGAAGUCGGUUUUGGUGUUGAUCACCAAGCUUUCUGAGCGCACGAUCAAUGGUGAGCUUCUGCGGUAUCUGGCCAAGACUGCCAACGACGAACAGCCAGGCAUUCGCACCAACACCACCAUCUGUCUCGGAAAGAUUGCCAAGAAUCUCGGCACGUCGUCAAGGUCCAAGGUCCUGAUCGCGGCAUUUUCAAGGUCAAUGCGUGACCCCUUUGUACAUGCUCGCAAUGCCUCGCUCAUGGCUCUGGCAGCCACAACAGAGUACUUCACCCCGGAUGACAGCGCGCUCCGAAUAUUGCCGGCUAUAUGUCCUCUUUUGCUCGACAAAGAGAAGCCGAUCCGAGACCAGGCCUUCAAGACUAUGGAGGCAUUCAUGCACAAAAUCCAAAAGGCAGCCUCUGGCAUGCCAGAGACCGCACUGCCACCACCGACGGCCACAGCCGAUGGUAUUGAGCGUGUGAGCACGCCACAGCCCGGCGGCCAGACAAAUGGAUCUGGAUCCGCAGGAUCCGCCGGGUCGUGGGCCGGCUGGGCCAUAUCGUCCUUUACCAAUAAGAUAUCAACAGCGGCAGGCGAGAUUGGGGCAGAGGGGUUGUCUGCAAACGGCGCCCCGGCAGCCAAGCCGACUCCUCCAGUCCAAGCUGCACCAAUUGUAUCAGCUGUAGCAGCUGCUAAACCUGCGGCCGCCCGAACAUUGUCUGCCUCGGCUCUGCAUCGCCAGGCGGUCAAGUCUCCGCCGACAUCGGCACCUAUGUCCCGAGAUUCGUCGACAUCCAAUGUGGCAGCCGAAUCAUACUUUGCACAAGACGACAGCAAAGAUGCCGAUGCGUGGGGCUCCAUGGACGACGGAUUUGGCGACGAGAACGGAGCCGAUGCGUGGGACUCCCCGGCGGCAGACGAAGACCCGUUUGAGCCCAAGGCACAGAAGACUACGACCACAGCAGCGAACCAAGCGGUCAGCAGCGGCAGUGGCGGUGUGCAGCCGUUCGGCGCAGAUGAUUCGGAGCCCGACUUUGCCGGCUGGCUUGCGGCGCAGGCGAACAAGAAGGGUACCAGCAAGCCGCUGCCAAAAGGCCUCUCGAAAACAUCUGGCAACGCCAACACCAAGCGACCAACCUCGACUAGGCUGUCAUCCACACCAAAGACAGCCUCAGCUCCCAAAAAGAUUGACCUCAAGCCAAAAGAUACAGAUGAUGCCGACGACUGGGGCGAUGGCUGGUGA